CCACGCCUUUUUCCGGCCUUGGACUACAUUUCCCUUAAGGCUUUGCCGGUCGACACCCUGUCUCCCACGCGAAUUUGGCGGCCUCUUCCUGUGAUUAUGAGGCUAUUGGGGUGAGGAGUCCUGCCUUGGAGGAAGAUCAACCCAAGCCUGGUAGGAGGUUUGAAGCGGAUACUCCCCUCUUUGAAAUUUAUCGGGGGCAGUGUCAAACGGGCCAAGACCAGACCCUGAAGUAAGAGAACGCCAUCUUGUCGGUGGCUAGUCUGGCCCAGGACUACAUUUCCCAGAGUUCACGGCGGCCCAGCUUUACGUCUCGCUUGACGUCGUGGCGAGAUCGUUAAUUCCGCAGAGACCCGGACGCGACCAAGGGGAGGCAGAAGGACUCUGCCUUGUUCAAGAGAAGAAGCUCAAGAAAUCCAAGCGGGUUAGGUAGUUCUAAAAGCCAUGACCCAGGGAUUGGUGACCUUCAGGGAUGUGGCCGUAGAGUUUUCUCAGGAAGAAUGGAAGUGCCUAGAACCCGCCCAGAGGGACUUGUACAGGGAUGUGACUUUGGAGAACUUCGGUAACUUGGUCUCACUAGGACUUUCCAUCUCUAAGCCCGAUGUCAUCUCCUUACUGGAGCAAGGAAAGGAACCCUGGUUGAUUGCAAACGACAUGACAGGACCAUGGUGCCCGGAUUUGGAGUCCAGGUGUGAGAAAUUUCUACAAAAAGGUAUCUUUGAAGUAGAGUCAUUCAAUUGGGAGCUAAUGGAAAACCUUAAAUGCUGUGAUUUUGAGGGCUCCAGUUUCGGAGAUGACUGGGCAUACAGAGGCCAGUUUGAAAGACAACAAGUAAAUCAUGAGUGCUGUUUCAAGCAAGUGAAAAUUGCCUAUGAGAACAUGCCCACUUUUGAGCAUCAUAUGUCCCUCCCCCUACGGCACAGCAACAAGACUGGCGAGAAGCUGAUAGAAUGUCAUGAAUGCGGGAAAGCCUUCAGCCGUGGCUCACACCUUAUUCAACAUCAGAAAACUCACACUGGUGAAAAGCCCUUUGAAUGCAAAGACUGCGGGAAGGCCUUUAGUCGUACCUCCCACCUUGUUCAACAUCAGCGAAUUCAUACAGGUGAGAAACCUUAUGACUGUAAGGACUGUGGGAAGGCCUUUGGUCGCACUUCAGAACUCAUUCUGCAUCAGAGACUUCAUACGGGAGUCAAACCCUACGAGUGUAAAGAAUGCGGAAAGGCCUUCAGACAGCACUCACAACUUAUUCUGCACUGUAGAACUCAUACAGGUGAGAAACCCUAUGUAUGCAAAGACUGCGGCAAGGCUUUUAUUCGUGGUUCACAACUUACUGUUCAUCGGAGAAUUCACACAGGGGCUAGACCCUAUCAGUGUCAGGAAUGUGGGAAGGCCUUUAGACAGCAUUCACAGCUUACUGUCCAUCAGAGGAUUCAUACUGGGGAGAAACCCUAUGAAUGUAAGGAAUGUGGAAAGGGCUUUAUUCAUAGCUCAGAAGUUACUCGACAUCAAAGAAUUCAUUCUGGGGAGAAACCUUACGAAUGUAAGGAAUGUGGGAAGGCCUUCCGACAGCACGCACAGCUUACACGACAUCAGAGAGUUCACACUGGUGACAGACCCUACGAGUGUAAGGACUGUGGGAAGGCCUUUAGUCGUAGUUCAUACCUUAUUCAACAUCAGAGAAUUCAUACAGGAGACAAGCCCUACGAAUGUAAGGAAUGUGGGAAAGCCUUUAUUCGUGUUUCACAGCUGACUCACCAUCAGCGAAUCCAUACCUGUGAGAAACCCUAUCAGUGUAGGGAAUGUGGAAUGGCCUUUAUUCGUAGUUCACAACUUACAGAACAUCAGAGAAUUCAUCCUGGUAUCAAACCUUAUGAAUGUAGAGAUUGUGGGCAGGCCUUUAUCCUUGGCUCACAGCUCAUUGAACACUACAGAAUUCAUACUGGUUAGAAAGCCUUCAUAUGGAAUCCACGCCUGACUCAGUAUUAGAUAAUGCUUAAUGUAAUGUGAUUAUUGGCAGAGAACCUUCAUUUGUCACUUCCAUUAUGGAACAUCAGAUAACCCUGAUGAACGCAGAAGAAAAUUCAAUAAAUGUGGGAAUUUUUUUUUGCCUCACACUCACUGUUUACUAAGCAUCAGAGAGUUUAUAUGGAAAAAAAAGUAAUACGAAUAUAGAAAAGCCUCCUGUUACCACUUAAAGUGUGUUAAACUUCUGAGAACUCCCAAUAGAAAAUGACCCUCUUAAAAUAUUUUGUGAAUGUGCCUUUCGCCAUACACCUUACUUAACAUUAUCUCAUUUCCACCAACUACUGACUGUAUAGCAUUGGGCAAAUUACGCAAUGUCUCUGUUCCUCAGUUUACUUAUUUUUAAGCAGUAAUAAUUAUACCUACCUAAUAGAGUUUUCACGAGGACUGUCAGAUAUUUUAUAUAAAGCCUAUGCUCAAUAAAUAUUAGUUAUUGUCAAUAACAGUAUUACUUAAUAGUAAUAUUUAAGUAGUAAUAAACUUAAGGCGUGUGAGGAGAGCCUUAUGAAUGUAUCAAAUAUCAAAAAGCCUUGUUAGGAUGAUUCAUUCUGAAGAACAAUAAUAAAGUGUCAUUAUCAUGAGAAGGUCUUCAUUUUUAAAACAUUAAAAAAAAUUUUUUUAAUGUUAUAAAUUUUGAAGAUUAGAAAUUAACAAAAGAGUAGCAAAAAGAAAUCUGCCCAUUUAGAAAUCUAAAAACACCUCCAAAUAUAACUACAUCUCAAGAGAAUCAAAACUAAAAUUACAAACUAGAAAUGAACAGGGGUGAAUUCUGCAUUUCAAAACCAGUUCAGUGUAGCCAAAGCUAAACUCUUGUCAGAACCCAAGGACUGAAGGUAGGGCCUUUGUUCUACAAAUACAGAUCUCCAGAACCUACUCAUUGCCAGUAACGUGCUAAACACAUUAAAUGAAUGAGUAGUCAACUCUAAAAGUUAGCGGGGGGGGGGGGGGGGGUAUAUAGCUCAAUGGUAGAGCACAUGCUUAGCAUGCAUGAGGUCCAUUUAAAAGUUAGUUAAUUAAUUAGCCUAAUUACCCCCCAAAAAAAACAAACAAAAAAAGAAAUUACCACAUAAACCCAAGUCAACAGUAAGAAUGAUUAUUAAAAUAGAAAAGAAAGUGGGGGACAGUAAUAGCCCAGUGGUAGAGUGCAUGCUUAGCAUGCACGAGGUCCUGGGUUCAAUCCCCAGUACCUCCAUCAAAAAAAUAAUAAAAAUAAAUAAAUAAGGAAACCUAAUUACCUCCCCCAGAAAAAAAAUUUUAAUAAUAAUAAAAAUUAAAAAUUAAUUUAAAAACCCAGCAAACUUAAUCUAAAGGUUGUUUACUUAACAAUAUAAUAGACAAUUGACAACUCUGAUAUAAAAAAGGUAUUUAGGAUUAUGAAUGAGGAAGGGGUGGAUUUUUAUUUUAAUAGCUACUAUGCAUGACUUUAUUCUAAUAUAUUUAGGAAUCUAGAGAAAAAAUGGAUUUUUACAAAAAUAUCAAAGUUGAUUCAAGAAGAUGUGGGAUUUCUGGAAAAUCAAUGGUUAUAGAAGGACAUGAAAAGUCAUCAAAGCUCUGUCCCUUUAAAGAAAACAAUUUAACCUACAAAAACUUUAGGGAAUAGAUAAUCCCUGAGAGGAGCUUACCAGUUCAUCUUCAAGGCUAAAUAAAAUUAUUAUUAAAAACUCAACAUGGAUAGCUCCUGAAAAUCAAAUCAUAGGUGAUUAUCACUUGUGAAGAUAAAUAUAAAUGAAAUUUCUGUUACUUUAAUCCAAUCUAUUAAGAUUAAUUUUAGAUGAACAGUCUGGAAUUGCGUCCAGCGCAGCUCGGGACCCUGUCUGAGGACGGGCGACACAAGACUUAAGAGACAAAGUAAAGAGCAAAGAUGGGACCAGGCGACUCAAGAUCUCAUCGAUCCAGAGUGCCGAAAGCCUGGUGGACAUCAUAUUUACUAGGAGUAUAGAGCUCAGAAAAAAAUGUGAUCAAAGAGGUGGGGUUUAGAUAUUCCAUGCGAUAAGCACUAAAUUCUGCUUGCUGGUUAACUGAUUAAUUUCAGGCCCAUCCCUUCCAGGAACAGUCACCCUCCUGGGGGUAUGCAAAAUUUCUGAGUCUAUCCUGUUAUUGCCUCCAGGACAUCUCAAGAUAGCAAGUACUUCCCCUAGGUUCAAGCACAUGCUUUCAUGCCUGAACAGAGUUCUGUUAAUGGAUGAUCUGGCUUCCAAGACCGUCCAUUGUUUCACCCUAAGGAAAUAUCUGCCCUCCUUCGUGCCCUUAUGGUCAGUCUCAGGAUCGCUCACCACAAAUUUUCUUUAGCAUAAUCCGUGCUAUAGAUCAUCUACUGCGCAAAACAUAAAAACAAAGCAAGCAUGUGCAUUUUAAGCAAGCAAGUGUGAAUAUAAUAUUUUAAGCUCAUGGAAAUUUAGGAGUGGCUUCUUUUCUAGCUGCUUGUAGUCUAGCAGCUUGUUUUCUGGCAGCUUGUUUCCCAGCGUGGAAUGUCAUCUAUUUUGGAUUAAAUAUCUUUUCAGAAUUUUGAUACUGUAACUCCAGGACGAGACAAUGAUGGGGAAAAGAGCCUUGGUCCAGCUCCAGGGAUAUCCAGAUCAGGGCUUGUGAAUGAAUCUGAGAAAUCUUAAAAAAAAAAAAAACAGAUCCCCUCAGCCCUUGUGGCAGGCAGUCAGCAUCUGGGGCAGAGGACAUACUGCACCCAUAUGCCGCUCAGUCAUCCUGAGUGUUCAGUAAAAGCACCUGCAUUUUCUGCACAUGCCACAGCCUCCAAAGGGUGAAAGCAAUGUUCUGGAUGUGCUUUUUUUUUCUUUUAAUGGUUUAACGAUUAGAAUCUACCGCUGGAGGGGCUUAAAGCUAUGAAAUUAAAAAUUACCACUCUGAAUAGUUAAACCACAGGUACAAGGUAAAAACUUUCAAGUUAAAUUUUGUUUACAGGCAUAAGUGAACCUCCACACCAUCUCUGCCCCUUCCCACCCUGUUACCCUUUAUUUAGCAAUUACUGCUAUCAAGUUCUUAUAUAUACUUCCUGAUUUCUCUGCUUAAGUACAGAUGUAGACGUAACACUCUAUAAAAAUGUUUUACGUAAGUGGUAGCAAAUUCCUAUACAUUGCUAUUUUUGCUUAUCCGUACACAUUAAAGACUGGACCAUAUCAAUACAUAUAAACUGCCUUAUUCUUUUUAACAGAUGCAUAGUAUUCCAUAUGUGUGUUUCAUAAUUUAUUUAACCUUAUCAAUUUAGUUUUUUAUUAUUUUUGCUCUUUCAAACAAUCCUAUAAUAAAUAUCCUUGCCCAUA